GAGCGCAGCAUGGCUGGCGGGCGGGCCGGUGGCGGCGGCGGCGCCUUCUGGCCGCUGCUCCUGCUCCUGGCGGCGGCGUGCCUGCUGCAGCGCGCCCAGCUGAGGAAGCUGCUCCGAUGCCCGGCCACUUGCAGUUGCACCAAAGAGUCCAUCAUCUGCGUCGGCUCGGCCAGCGUGCCGCGGAGCCUCCCCGGAGACAUCAGCUCCUUGAGCCUGGUAAAUGGAACCUUUUCUGAAAUAAAAGAAAAAAUGUUUUCUCACCUGCCUUCCCUGCAGCUGCUGCUGCUGAAUUCUAACUCAUUUACUGUCAUACGGGACGAUGCCUUCGGUGGUCUUUUUCACUUAGAGUACCUAUUUAUUGAAGGAAAUAAAAUUGAAACCAUUUCAAGAAAUGCAUUUCGUGGUCUUCGAGACCUGACCCAUCUUUCUCUGGCCAAUAACCAGAUUAAAGCAUUGCCAAGAGACAUCUUUAGUGACUUAGAUUCUCUGAUUGAACUGGAUUUGAGGGGAAACAAGUUUGAGUGUGACUGCAAAGCCAAGUGGUUGUUUCUGUGGCUAAAGAUGACAAAUUCCACUGUUUCGGAAGUCCUGUGUGUUGGUCCAGCAGAAUUUCAGGACAAGAAAUUAAAUGAUGCCUCAAGUUUUGAUGAUGAAUGCACCACCACAGAUUUUGUUGUUCAUCAGAUUUUACCCUACCAGUCAGUGUCGAUUGACACAUUCAACUCAAAAAAUGAUGUCUAUGUAGCCAUUGCACAGCCCAGUAUGGAAAACUGCAUGGUGUUAGAAUGGGAUCACAUUGAGAAGAACUUCAGGAGUUAUGACAACAUUACUGGUCAAUCCAUAGUGGGUUGCAAAGCUAUCCUGAUUGAAGAUCAGGUUUUUGUGGUGGUGGCUCAACUCUUUGGUGGCUCCCACAUUUAUAAGUAUGAGGAAAGCUGGACCAAAUUUGUCAAAUUCCAGGACAUAGAAGUUUCCCGCAUUUCCAAGCCAAACGAUAUAGAACUCUUUCAGAUAGAGAGUGAAACCUUCUUUGUCAUUGCGGAUAGUUCAAAAGCUGGUUUGACCACUGUCUAUAAAUGGAACAACAAGGGGUUCUACUCUUACCAGUCCCUGCAUGAAUGGUUCCGGGACACAGAUGCCGAGUUUGUUGAUAUAGAUGGAAAAUCUCAUCUGAUCCUGUCAAGUCGCUCGCAGAUUCCUAUUAUCCUGCAGUGGAACAAAAAUUUCAGAAAGUUUCUUCCACACAGUGAGAUACCCAACAUGGAAGAUGUGUUGGCUGUGAAAAGUUUUCGAAUACAGGACAACCUCUACAUCUCACUCACCAGGUUUAUCGGCGACUCAAGAGUAAUGAAAUGGAACAGCAAACACUUCGUGGAGGUUCAGGCUCUUCCUUCCCGGGGAGCCAUGACCCUACAGCCUUUCGCCUUUAAGAACCAUCACUACCUUGCCCUGGGAAGUGACUAUACUUUCUCCCAAAUAUUCCAGUGGGACGACGAGAAAAAGCUCUUUAAAAUAUUUAAGGAGAUCUACGUGCAGGCACCUCGCUCCUUCACAGCUGUGUCAACCGAUAGACGAGAUUUUUUCUUUGCUUCCAGUUUUAAAGGCCACACACAAAUAUUUGAACACAUCAUUGUUGACUUGAGUUUAUGAAGCAGCGGUGAGCACUGGGAACUCACGUAUGAUGACAUUUUCACAUGAAAAGAGAAGAAAAGGACAAUUACUCACUUCUGGUAGGUAGGCGGUACCCAUGGCGUUAUUCAGCAGGGUUUUUUGGAACUUUUUAGAAGUUUGCCUAUUUAAUCAGGGAAUGCAUUAACUUGGUUAAGUGCAUGCCGUGCCAAUUUUACCAUUGAUAAGAGGUAUUUUAAAGCCUAUUAUUGCUCAAAGAAAGCGUGCAAUGCUUUAAUUCUAACGACGACGCAGAACUGAAGGAGGAGGUAGGACAACUGAGGAAGUGGGACAAACACCAUGUUGAAACAAAUGAAGAGCAAAAGCUGCAGCAGCAACUCUCCUCAGAAAAAUGAUUGUUUUUCUCUAUUCAGGACUUUCAGGUCGAAGGCAAUUCCAUCUACUGAUUUGUGAUUUGCAACUGUUAGCAUCAUGACGAGAAAGCCUGGAGGAGGGC